AAAACAUUAAACAUUUUCCAGAUUUUACGGGAUCUUUAUUUUCACGACUCCAAUUGAUAGCAUUUAUACUCCAAGUAAUCCAAUAAACGGAUACUGACUUAAAAGCCAUCAUCUUUUCUAUUUAAGAAGAUGAACCAACAACCCCCUGAAAAUAACAUUACAUAAGCGAACCGAUGGAGUUUAUCAGAAAUAACAAUUUACCAAGAAUCUAAGUAAUGGACGGGGUCUAUGUUAUCGUUUUGCUAGGACUACUGACCUUUAAUGGAGCAAAUUCUCAAAAGAUAAACUAUGCUGACGAUUCUUUUGAUUACUUGGCCACAAACUGUAGAAAGCAUACCGUGUCUUUAACGGAUUUUGGAGGUGUUGGCGAUGGAAUAACAUCCAACACCAAAGCGUUCAAAGCAGCGAUUGAUCAUCUAAGUGGAUUUGGAACCGAUGGUGGUGGAUUACUCAUUGUACCACCUGGGAAAUGGCUCACAGGAAGUUUCAAUCUCACAAGUUAUUUCACUCUUUACCUCCACAGAGACGCAAUAAUUCUUGGAUCCGAGGAGGAGAGUGAAUGGGCAGCUCUGCCGCCUCUACCAUCAUAUGGGAGAGGAAGGGAUGCACCUGCUGGAAGGUAUAGCAGCCUCAUCUUCGGAACAAACCUCACUGAUGUCGUCAUUACAGGUGAUAAUGGAACGAUAAACGGACAAGGUGCUGUCUGGUGGGACAAAUUUAAGAAGGAAAAACUUGACAAAACCAGGCCUUACAUGAUUGAGUUGAUGUACUCAGAUCAGAUUCAGAUAUCAAACCUCACACUGAUUGACUCUCCAUCAUGGUUUGUUCAUCCAAUUUACAGCAGCAACAUCAUCAUUCAAGGCCUUACUAUCACCGCUCCUGUAGAUCCGAUUUCUCCAAACACCGAUGGGAUCAAUCCAGAUUCAUGCACUAACGUACGAAUUGAAGACUGUUAUAUAGUCUCGGGAGAUGACUGUGUUGCAUUAAAAAGUGGUUGGGAUCAAUAUGGGAUUGCAGUAGGGAUGCCGACACAACACGUGAUAAUCAGAAGACUCACUUGCAUUUCUCCUGACAGUGCUGUAGUUGCCCUAGGUAGCGAGAUGUCUGGUGGGAUCCAAGACAUUAGAAUGGAAGACAUAAUUGCUAUAAAUUCACAAGCAGGAAUUAGGAUUAAAACUGCACCUGGCAGAGGUGGUUUUAUAAAAGAUAUCUACUUAAGAAGGAUGAAUAUGGAAACAAUGAAGUAUGUAUUUUGGAUGGCAGGAUCUUAUGGUCAGCAUGCUGAUACAGGUUAUGAUCCUAAAGCACUCCCAGUGAUUAAAGAUAUCUACUUUAGUAAUAGUAAUGCGACGAAUGUUACAAUGACAGCAAAUUUAGCUGGAAUUAAGGAUGAUCCUUUUACUGGAAUAUGCAUUUCUAAUGUGAAGGUUACAUUGUCACCUAAACCGAAGAAACUGCAAUGGAACUGUACUGAUAUUGAAGGAGUUACAAGUGACGUGAUCCCUGAGCCUUGUGCAUUAUUGCCUGAUCAGGGAUUGAAAAAGAUGGUUAGUUGUCCUUUCCCAACUGAUCGACUACCAAUAGAAGAUGUUCAAUUUAAAGUUUGCUCGGCCGGGCUACAACACUUGAAUAGCUAAGCUAAUCCUUCGUGUGAGCUUUUCAAUCCCUUGAUGAAGGAAUUAUACAUGAUAGGAAAAUACUACAGUGGAAAAUACUACAUGAUGGUUUUUUCUUUUUCUAGUGUGGCUAAUGACAGAAGUUGAAGGGGUGUUUUCGUUUUCUGAUUCUUGGCAUGUGUUUUUUUUCCUCAAGAUAAUUUUUCACAAAGCAUGGGAAAUAUUUACCAAAUGAUUUUUUUA